AUGGGAGGUAGAUCCUGCCUGCUGGUGGGAAAUGCUCCCGGGGAUUCAGGUGUGUUGAGUUGUUUCCUCCACAUUCCCUCAUCCUGCAGGAAGCCCAGUGAAUACAUCGCCACCAUCCUGGAGCUCAGUGCCCUCAUACAAAAAAGAGGCGAGAACAUCCUCUUGUACAUGGACUUCCUGUACUUUCUCACCCGCGAUGGGCGGCGCUUCCGGGAGGCCUGCCGCCUGGUGCACAACUUCACAGAUGCCGUCAUCCAGGAGCGACGCCGCAUCCUGCCCAGUCAGGGUCUUGAUGACUUCCUCAAGGCCAAAGCCAAGACCAAGACUUUGCACUUCAUUGAUGUGCUCCUGCUGAGCAAGGAUGAAGGUGGAAGGCAGUUGUCAGAUGAGGAGAUAAGAGCGGAGGCUGAUACCUUCAUGUUUGGGGGCCAUGACACCACGGCCA